GCAACAGGUACAUCUUUUACUUUAUAGAGAGAGAGCUAAAGGGAGAGAGAGAGAAGAAAUCGAGUUAAGAUUAACCGUGUACUGACAAGCUCUCUGAGUGAAUCCCGAACACCGGACUCUAAAUCAAACUGUGGAGUAUUAUCAUCGCUACCUGUUCAUCGCUACCUGUUCAUCGCUACCUGUUCAUCGCUACCUGUUCAUCGCUACCUGUUCAUCGCUACCUGUCGGUCGCCUCAGAAUCAGAUAGCCCAUGUCGUCUGCCAGUGAGCUGUGUAUGAUCCUGACCGACGCUAACAUGACCAUGUACCAGACUGGGAGCUCAGAGCCGCUGCAGCCCAGCCUCACCACUGUGUCUCUGCCCGCCGUAGGAGACCUGCUGCACCUCUCAGACCUUUCCUCAUGCAGUGCCAAUAUACUGGCUCAAUGGUAUGACCUGAACCCUCAGUACUGGAGCAAACAGAACGUUUUGGAGUGGAUCAGUUUUCACGUGGAGCGCAGUAAGUUUGAUGCCAGCACACUGAGCAUGUCCUACUGCUCCACGGAUGGACCUACACUAUGCCAACUGACCAGAGAUCAGCUGUUAAACAUGUUUGGAAUGUCCCUCGGGACUCAGCUCUACCAGAGCCUGGUGGAACUCAAGGCCAAAUAUGAUCUGAAUGAGACCUGUAAGCUUCUGGACAACUUCCUAGAGGAGUUCCCAGACUUCCCUCUGCUCAGCACAGUAGAAGUGAACGAAGUUGUGAGAGACACCAGCUACACUGACUUCUCACACAUCUUCAAGAACUUCGAAAACAUGAAGCCGCUCAGCGAUAACGGAUACGAGUCCGACAGCAUGCACAGCUCCUCGUCAGGUGGAAUGUUGAGCUUCCAGAACCCCAGCUCUCCAGAAUCUAGGAGCAGUGAGUCUGACCCAGAGUUCUCCUACCCUCAGUUCGCAAAAGUGCACAUAAAGACAGAAAGGGGAGAGAUGAAGAAGAGAGGCAGAGGAAGACCUCCCAAACUCAGCCGAGACACCAAACACUUCUACCAGACCUCCACAAAGAGCAAACAUGCGCCUCGUGGGACCCACCUGUGGGAGUUCAUUAGGGACAUCCUGAUCCACCCAGAGCAGAACCAAAACCAGGCUCUGAUGAAGUGGGAGGACCGCCGUGAGGGUGUCUUCAAGUUCCUCAAAUCUGAGGCUGUGGCCCAGCUGUGGGGGCAGAAGAAGAAGAACAGCAGCAUGACCUAUGAGAAACUCAGCCGCGCCAUGAGAUACUACUAUAAGAGAGAGAUCCUGGAUAGAGUGGAUGGUAGACGGCUGGUCUAUAAGUUUGGGAAGAAUUCCACCGGCUGGAAGGUGGAAGAGACCGAGCUGCAUGGCAUGUGAGAUACAAGGCAGGAGACAGGACAGGUAGAGACCAAUGGCCAAGAGAGGCGAAGGUAUAAACUGGACAGACCAGUUCCCCUGGGCCCUAUUGUAGAUAGGAUGACCCAGUCUCUGGAUGACAGCUCUACUCUACCUGAAAGAAUAUAAAGACACUUACUUCUCUUCUUCCAGGGGAGGUGUUGCAGAAAAUUUAAGCCAGUGUUUUUGGCUCCAGUAGGUUUUAUGAACCGAUAUAGUUAUUGUACAGUAAUUAUGUGUAUUUCGAUUUUGAAUCAGGCAUUGUUGUGGACAUCGCUCUGUGCCUACCAGUGGUAGGUAUGAUGGUAUGUCUGUUAAUUUGUUUUCAGUUAUAUUCUAGAUAAUAGUGGUCCUGUAUGACUGGAUGUCUCAGUUGGUAGAGCAUGGUGCUUGCUAAUGCCAGGCAUGUGGGUUCAAUUCCCAGGAGCACCCAUAUGUGAAAUGUAUGCACGCAUGACUGUAAGUCGCUUUGGAUGAAAGUGUCUGGUUAAUAUAACAAUAAAGACAUUUACAUUGUGUGGGUGUAACUCACCUUGUGUGUCACUAUGACAACCGCCUGGGCAUUAUGAUUUUUACUGUGGCAAUGUAAGCACCGGAUAUGUUUGUAUUGUUUUUUGUUUCUAUUGAUAUUUAACAAGUGACAGUCUAUCCCUGUGCAGCCUAUCAUUUUUCUAUGUCUAUUUGCAAGACGGCUAGUUGCCAAACUUUUGACUUCUAAAUUGAGCCAAUGGUUAGAAGAGCCUCAUGUUGUGUUUUACUCUUCUGGAAGUUAUGGGUAUAUAAGGUCUUGUGUUAAAUUGUAAACCUGAUAUGAAGGAGGGAGGAGACUAAAUGGAGGACAAACAAAAUAUAGAGAAGAGGGAGAGGGAACUAAAUGAAGGGAUACUCAUUUAUAAACUAUCAGUGAUACGAUGUUGUGUACUUCGCUGUUUCAGCGUGAAUGUUGUCUAUGAGGUAUGUGUCCUUUGUAGCCAUAUUCAUAUUUUUGUAUCUCACCAGACGAGACCUACGUCAGAUUAAAACAAAUCAGCGACUCAACUCCUGUUCUUCAUGAUUUUUAGUUCUGUUAUGCAGCUGGUCUGUUUCCUUCUAGAUCACUCAAUAUCAUGAGUAUAAGAAUUCAAUCUCAGAUUGUAUCGUUUGUGAUAUUUUCACACGCAUGUAUGUACAGCACAUUGUCUUGUUUUGUACAGUUAAGAGCCUUUUUACGGAAAUAAACUGUUUUAAAUAA